UUGUGUUCAUCAGUUCACAUUGUGUCAACACUUUACAUUUGUUUUCAACACUUAAGGGGCAGGGAUGAGCCCUUUCCUCAACAUUUCAGUACAAAAGUCGACUCACACUAAAGUGUCAUUGAUUAUUAAAGGAAACAGAUUGUCGACUCACACUUAAGUGUCAUUGAUUACUAAAUGAAACAGAAUGUUGACUCACACUAGAUUCUAAAUGUCAUUGAUUACGUGUUCGUUGGAAAUUUGAAAAACUUGAAACUUUCUAAAAAUAAAUCAGGAUGUCUCCAAUAAAAGCGUUCGACCAUUUGUGUAUUGUAAGCUAAAGCGUUCGACCAUUUGUGUAUUGUAAGCUAAAGCGUUCGAACAUUUGUGUAUUGUAAGUUCUUGAAGAAGUCACAUUUCACGCAAUAGUUUGAAUAAGGUAAAUACGGCGGAGGGAGUUUGGCUGUUCCCAUCGUCGUUAAAACAGUGCUGUCCCGACAGCUAGGCCUGAACUAAGCCUACACACUUUGAGGCUAAAGCCGGGCCCACGGAAACUGAAUGUAGUGAAAGGUAGUGAUGUCACUCAGGUAGAAAUUAGGUUUAUAAACAACACGCGAAGUAAAAUAGAAUGACAAUAACAAUUAGUGAUUUUAAAUGUAAAAAGUGGAGAUUUCAGUAAAGUUAUCGACCCGUCAGUUCAUCCAGUUUUUUUUGAAAGAUCGAUCCUUCGUAGCCCAGCAGCCCCCGUUUGUCUCGACUAGAUCUAGAACUCUGCAGCAGAUCGAAGAAAUUCCCACGGAUUCUAGGACACGGAAGUGCUAUUUUACAAGGAACACACAGACUGUCGUUCACGGUGGAGUUGCAUGAAUGGCUGACUGCCUGUCAUUGCAAACACCCUGAUAGGAAAAGCUGUGUGCAUUUACAAUGACCAUUGUAAUCACACUGAUUCAUAUUUUAAUCAGAUAGCACUGCGGAAUUAUCUGAAGGCAAUUUCUUGUCUCUCAUCUUCCCUCUCUCCCAGCUGAGGGAUUCCGCUCCGUCGUCGUUCAAAAUGGCGUUCUUUCACACUCAUCAUUGUUUUCUAUUUACAACGAUUGUGCUAGCUCUUUUGUUUUAUUCUGUUGCCUCGAAUUCAAGCAAUUGGGAUUACAGUAACAUAAAUUUGGAUGUUAAUUUAGAUCUAAAUCUAGAUCUACCUAGAUCUAGUAAAGUUAGGAACCGCAGAGAGCAGUCUAUUCAUCUAAAAUACACUCAAAAUUUAUCAGUGAAUGUUCCUGUGUUAGAAAAUGCACCAAUGUCCACAAAUCUGUUUGAUUUUAAUUCUGUCACCUUCGAGAAUAAUGCUGCUUCAUAUUUAUUCAGAGUUUUGAAAAACGCAGACAGCAUACCACAGAGUGAUAAUCUGUUUACAGUUGACAGCAGCAGAAUUUUGCGCUUCAAAAAUGAAACAGAAAGGAACAAAUUCUUUGAUUAUGAGCUGUUUCCCAAUGUUGUUGUUGUAGUUGAAGUUACAUCUGAUUCAGAUUCCAACGAUGUGAAACUGUUGAAAGUGAACAUCCCAUUGGCUGACAUCAAUGAUGAGCUGCCUGUGCUGAAGAACAAACCUUUCCCAUACCAAGCAGCCAUUCCUCUAGAGCCUGACCCUGGUCACAUCGUGUAUCAGCUCUUAGCUGUUGACCCGGAUACCAACCCUGACCUGGAAUAUGCUUUAGCAGAUGAAGCCGGCUAUGAGGUCAGGAAUUUUUUCUACAUGGACCAGGUUAUGGACGGCACUUUUAAAGAAGGUCACAUUAAAAUUUCACGGAGGUCAAGGUUUAUUUUAGGAAGAGAAUUUAACAUUCCGAUUGUAGUCAGAGACAGAAAUGGUGUCAAGACCCAGUCAGUCAGUGCAGUGGUCAAUGUCAAGGCUGGGCCUAGAGUCCCACAGUUUUUCCAAGAAAAGUAUAUUGGCUGGAUAUAUGAAACACAGGGAACCAAUAAACAAGUGUUUGCUCAAGGCACAAGUGAAGAACUCCUGCACAUCCAAGUUCACCAGUUCCAGCAGAAUUACCCCAAGACCUUCAUCAUACUGGAUGAGACUGACAAAGAAUCCACACAGUUCCGCAUUGAUGAGAAUGGCUAUAUCUUUAAUAAAGAUGCAUUAGAUCAUGAUGUUGUGAUAAGUCAGCGUCCCCCUAAGACUAGACUUGUGGUAAAAGUUACAGAAACUUCAGACAGUGGAGUACUGAUUCAAACUGUUCCUCUGGAGAUCACCAUCAAGGAUGAGAAUGACAACAGCCCAAGGUUUGAGCUGACCCAGUACAUGACAACUGUAAGGGAGGACAAACCAAUAGGAACUUCAGUCUUUACAGUUGUGGCUGAAGACAAUGAUUCAGGCUUAAAUGCUGAAGUAACUUAUGAACUGGAGAAUCCUUUCUUUGAAAUCAAGAAAGUUGGUAAAGAAGGAAUUAUCUAUGUCAAGGACAAGCUUGACUUUGAUGCAUUCCCUGGCCCAACAUAUCGCUUUGUUGUGUUUGCUAAAGACAGCGGAGCACCAUCUUUGUCCAGUUCAGUGGAUGUGACAGUAACAACAUCAAAUGUUAACGAUGAGCAACCAAAGAUUAUCCAACCUGAAUCUUUAAUCCUGCGAGACAUUGUGCCUAAUAAUUUUAUUCUGACGCGCCUGAGGGCCACAGAUGCUGAUGGGGAUAAUGUCAGGUUUUACUUUACACCUCAAAAAGAGACUUAUGAUAUUUUUACCAUCAAGCCUUCCUCCGGAAUCAUUCAAGUACAGGGCACUGUGCCACCCAACAGAAGCUCGUAUUCCCUCAGUGUGACUGCCAUUGAUGAUGGCUCUUGCUGUGGGGGCACUCAGAAGCUGGAGAGUCAGGCCACCCUGGUGGUUGAGAUUGUGGAGGCAGUCAACCAGAAACCUUCCUUUGUUGAUUGCUCAGAGUACAACAACAGGUCACUGUUUUAUGAGGAAUCAGCACCUGAUACACCCGUCAUAAAGGUUCAAGCUGUGGACAAAGACCGUGGCCUAAAUGGCAUUGUCACUUACUCAAUAGAGUCGCCAUCUCCCAGUUUAGCUGAUGCCCCCUUUAAGAUUGAUCCCAGCACUGGUCAGAUAAGUGUCAAAUCCAAGGUCAACAGAGAAGCUUUGGAUAAGGAUUAUAUUCAGGUGACCGUGAAAGGUGCUGACAAUGCUCACAGCCCACAAGAAGGCUGGUGCACAUUCCGUGUGGUGGUACACGACAUCAAUGAUAAUCCUCCUGUCUUCAAUUCUCUUUCCUACACCGAAAAAAUCUCAUCCAAUGUCCAGGUCAACAGGGUAAUUUUGCGAGUAGGAGCAACAGAUAAAGAUAUUGGAGACAAUGCCAAACUGACCUAUUCCCUGCAAGAGGAUGGAGGUGUUUUUGAUAUCUACCCAAACACUGGCAUGAUCUACUUGAAGAACAAGCUUAAGGAUGCAACUAAUAAGAAUGAUGCAACGACUUACAAGUUGGUUGCCAUGGCAAAAGAUGCAGGUACACCGCCUAAGUCUGCCACUGUCCAGGUGACCAUUGAAGUGGCUGCAGAAACUAGCGAACCCCCCAAAUUUGACCCUAAUCCACUUAACCCUGACCAUUACUAUAAAAUCUCUGAGACCAUCAGUCCCAACACCCCAGAAGCCAUGAUCACAACUCUAAGCUGCCAGUCCAAUGUUGAGAACCCUCGGGUCCAGUUCUUCCUGGUGGAUGAGAAGGACAGGCUCCACUCACAGUACUGUGGACACUUUGGUAUCACAGAGUUCUAUGAGAAGGGAAAGUACAAAGUCAAUGUUUUUGUUGCAGCACCACUCAAUCAUGAGACAAUACAACAGUACAGCCUCAUUCUGCGCUGUCAGAAUUUUGGUGGCCUGACCAUGUAUGAGCAGAUCACAUUGACCAUUGAUGUAGAAGACAAGAACAACAAGGUCCCGUACUUUGAAGGCAUGGACAUGAACGGACGCUAUUCUGGGACAGUCCCUGAGAACACAGAGCCAGGGGCCACUAUCAGAAUAGUCCAAGGCUAUGAUGAUGAUAAAACUCCAGCUUUCAGUAAUUUGUUCUUUGAGCUGUCAGAUGACAGCUACCCAGGUGUCCUUGAUGACUUUGAGAUAAGAAAUCUGCCGGACAACAAGGCCGCUCUGAUCACCAAACGAGAGUUUGACAGAGAAAAAACCCCUCGCUUCUUCCUCACCAUCAAGGUGAAUGACAUGAGCCCUUCAGACAGGCCAAACCAUAGGCCGCCUGGCACACCUAACUCAGCCUCUGUCGUGUUUCAAGUGGAUAUAGCAGAUAAAAAUGACAACCCAAUGACGUUUAAACAGAGCCUGUACAACUUCUCAGUCCCUGAGACUGCCAGUAUAGGCACUGUCAUCUUUGCUGUCACUGCCGAUGACAUUGAUGAAGUUGACCAGGGGAGACUCAAGUACAGUUUCCAGAAUAACACACUGAGCCACUUUGAUAUCAGAGACCAGACUGGUGAAAUACUGGUCAAUGGCUUUCUGGACUACGAGAGUGGAAACAAAGUGUACACAAUGACAUUAGAGUCGAGUGACAGUGAGAACUUCUACUCAGCUUCCACCACUGUUGUCAUCUAUGUCACUGAUGAGAAUGACAACCCCCCAGUAUUUGGGCAGCCUGAAUAUGUCAUAGCUGAUAAAGUAGUUGAAGAAGAUUUUAGCAUCUCAAAAACUCAGCCCAUGCACCUUAUCACAGUUACAGCCACAGAUGCAGACACAUCACGUAACAACAAGAUGCGCUACUUUCUUCGUGGUAAGGGCACACAGGCAGAUGACCGUCAGCUGUUCACCAUUGACCAAGACACGGGGGAUGUAUACUUGAUAGCUGCCCUGGACAGGGAUGAGCCCAAUGGAAAGUCUGAGUACAUCUUCACUGUGGAGGCCAGAGAUGAGGAGGAGCACUUCCAGAGUGGCUACACCAACAUCAAGGUCAAGCCUCUAGACAUCAAUGACAACACACCCAUCUUUGAUGCCAACCGCUUAACCGGGGAGGUCUUUGAACAUUCUGAACCAGGUUGGUUCAACAAAGAUGAGAACCCACCAAUAGCUGUGGUGAUAACAACUGACUUUGACUACGGCAUCAACAGUUCAGUGGACUAUGAGAUUGUGAGCAGUCCCACAGUGUCCAAUAGUUUGACAACCUCCAACACUAACUUCUUCAACAUUGACAAGGAUGGCAGAAUUUUCUCACAGGUUGAAGCCCAAUACUUGGACAGAGAAACCCGACCCAAGCUGGAAGUGGUUGUGCGAGCCAAGGAUGGUGGUCCAGAGGCUCAAACCUCUACAGCCACAGUGACCAUUAUACUGAAAGAUAUCAAUGACAACCCUCCUAUCUUCACCCAGAAGGUUUACAAUGUCACCAUGUCUGAGCACUACAAGAAAGGUAUUGUGACAGAGGUUCAUGCCACAGACAAAGAUGAGAAUGACAAUGCUGAGCUCCAGUUCUCUAUGUCUAAUUUGGCUGGGGGACAUUUUAAAGUGGACACCAUUGAAAACAAGGGAGCUAUUUCAAUUUAUGAGCCUGUUGACUAUGAAAGCCUGCUGAACCCAGUGUUUGAGCUGGAGAUUGUGGUACAAGACAAGAACCCAGCACACAGAGACACGGCUGUUGUCAGGAUCACUGUAGAAGAUUUCAAUGACAAUGCACCAAUGUUUGUAAAUGCAUUUAUGUCCAGACAAAUAGAAGAGAACUCUGAGCCAGGUGAAAUAGUGGCCCAGUUUGAGGCACAUGAUCAAGAUUCAGGAAUUAAUGCAGAGUUCAGCUACCUGAUAGACAGAGAGUCAGACUCAAGGCGAGAGUUUGUUAUCAACCCCGAGACUGGUCAAGUCAGCACAAGGAAAAAAUUGGACAGAGAAGUGGAUGCCAAAAUGACUGUGUUAAUUAAGGCUGUUGACAAGGGUGACCCCAGACAAACUGGGACAGCCACACUGCAGGUCAAUGUCCUCGAUGUCAACGAUAACUUUCCCAUCUUCAAGGAAGAUUAUCAUCCAGUGGUGCCUGAAAACAUGGAGCUCACCUCCCCACUGCUGGUCCUGGAGGUUUUUGCCCUUGAUAAAGAUACACCUGUCAAUGGUCCACCAUUUGGAUUUGCCUUACCCCAAAAUUGUCAAGUCAUCGCUUGUAACCUGUUUUCUCUGGAGUUUAAAGAAGAUGGUGAUAAUGGGGAUGGCACAGCAUUGAUCAGAACAGAGUCCAAGUUUGACAGAGAGAAGACCAAGUUUUAUGAGCUGCCCAUUGUCAUGUGGGACUUAAGGGGCACAGGCAAGACCAAGGCACAGACUGGCACCAACACACUGACCAUCAUUAUUGGGGAUGUUAAUGAUAACGAGCACUACCCUGGUCAUCAGGACAUUUUUGUCUACAAUUAUAAAGGUCAGUUUGGUCCAUUGGUCAUUGGCCGUGUGUUUGUAGAGGACUUGGAUGACUGGGAUCUUCAAGACAAAACUUUCACCUUUCAGUCACCUGCAAGCAUGAAAAACUUUUUCAGUGUCAACACCUCCAAUGGGGAGAUCACCAUGAAGAAAGGCGUCAAGUCCAACUUUGGCCACAGCCCCUAUCAGUUCAAAGUAGAUGUCUUUGACAAGGUCCAUCAAAAGUCAGUGACCAGCACUGUGUCUGUGAUGGUCAAAGAUCUCACAGAGGAGGCUGUACUCAACUCAGGUGCUGUUAGACUUGCAGGCAUGACAGCGUCCCAGUUUAUCCUGGAAGCCAAAGACCCCAGGACAGGUCUGAGGACAGAGAGCCUGUACACACAGUUCAAGAAGUUUCUGGCUCUAAAGCUGGGCUACCCCACCCUUCACAGCAUUGAAGUGCUCACCCUGCUAGAGCGCCCCACAUACCUGGAGGUCAGGUAUGCCGCCCAUGGCUCACCCUAUGUGUCGCCAGCACAAGUGGACAGUGCAAUCAUCUUGAACAAACAAGAGUUUGAAAGUCUGGGUCUAAAAAUCCUGGCCAUUCCUAUUGAUGAGUGCCAGAAUGAGGUGUUUGAAGGAGGUUGUUACAACAAGCUGCACAUUUCUGGCCUGCCACUUGUGGUCAAUGCUAAUGGAACCAGUUAUGUUGGAGUGGACGCCUACCUGAUGGCCAUGGAGGGGUGCGAGGCCGACUUGUUCCCUUCCUCUAGUGAGUGUUCUGGAGACUACUGCUUCAACGGCGGCACCUGUAGAAAUGAUCUGGGCACACUCUCGUGCCAGUGUCUGGAAGGUUUUGAUGGUCCCAGAUGUCAGCAGACCAGACAUUCCUUCAGUGGCAACUCUGUGGCUAUGUACAAGAGCCUGCAGCAGUGUGAGACCUCACAGACAAGCAUUGAGUUCACAACCAAGGAACCCAACGGUGUCAUCUUCUACAAUGGUCCAUUGGUCAACAUAGACCCCUUGGAGAGCCCUCAGGACUUUAUCCUGUUGGAGCUGCGUGCUGGCUACCCUGUACUGACCAUUGACCAUGGGACUGGGCCAGUCAGCCUAACAUUAGAUGGGAAGGAUCAUCACGGCACACAGCGCAUCCACAGCCUGGAUGAUGGCAAGUGGCAUCACAUAGACAUCAACCGCAGAGGCAAGUAUGUGGAGAUGGUGAUAGACAGGUGCAUUGAAGCCGCUGACCAGAACCAUUUUGUCAGUGAUGACCGGGCCUGUAGAGUGGCUAGAGAAACACCUGGGGAAAAUAUUUUCCUUAAUGUCAACACUCACCUUCACCUGGGGGGGAUCCAGACACCCAUCAAACUUCAACACCUGGGGGGGAGGGCCAUUGUAGGCUUUACUGGCUGCCUCAGGAACCUGAUCCAUAAUAAAAAGUUGUAUGACCUAUUCUUCAAAGAAAUGCCUGGCCUGAACACAGGACAGAACAGCUGCCCACUGGAGGAUGAGAUCUGUGGGACCAAUGGACCCAACCCCAGGUGUGGUCUACAUGGCCAGUGUCAAGCUUCAUUGGACGGCAACUACAUGUGCACCUGUCUACCUGGUUGGUUUGGUGGCAGGUGUAGCAAGGCUGCCACUGUGAGAGACUUUGACAAAAACAGUUAUUACCUCUGGGAGAUGAAGGAAAGUAUUUUCAACUCACGCCGCAUGACGCGCAAUCGUGACAUGGAUGUCCAGUUGAUGUUUCGGACAAGACAGACUACCGGCAUUCUAAUGGACUUCACCGACUCCGGCUCUACAGAGGCUACACUACAUCUUCGUCUAAUGCUGCAUGGGGGCAAAGUUCGCCUGACCUACAACCUUGGGGACGGGGAGAAACACCUUGACUUGAGCCACGCCAAGGCCAACAAUGGCCAGUGGCAUGUCUUGCGAAUGGAAAGGCAUGGGCGUGAGUUCCACCUGCGCCUUGAUGGGGGGGAAGGGAAGAACUACAACUACACGCUACAGUCUGCUACCAAUGAGAAGGAAAGGGACGUCUUUAAAGUGGACAGGCGGGUUUAUUCAGGGGCUUACAAGCAAGGAGUGGGCUUGUCUUCUGUACUCAUUGAUGACCUCAUCAACACCUGUAUCCAGGAUGUACGGGUCAAUGGUGGCUACUUUGCCAUGACCCACGCUGAAAGUUUUGACCCAGACACCAUGGCUAUAGUGGAGGAGAACCAGAACACCAAGGAGGGCUGUGUGAGGAACGACUGCACCCUGGGGCUGUGUGACAGCAGCAGGACCUGCGUCCCACUGUGGGAGAGCCACCAAUGUCGGUGCCAGGAAGGUUUGAAGGAGCUUGGAGAGAAAUGUGUGAGUCACUGUGUGCCCAACCCCUGCUUCAACAAUGUGAGCUGCACCAUCCAGGACAAGGAGGUCAGGUGUGCAUGUCCAGCUGGCUGGGGUGGACGCUACUGUGAUGAGCUGGCACCAGAGCAGGUCAAAAGUGGCGACCUCAGUGAUGGCGCUCUAGUGGCUAUUCUCGUCUCCGUCAUUGUUGUCUUAUUGAUUGCCUUGGUUGUCUUCCUUCUGUACAAACUGUGUCCCCACAAUGACGAAGGUGAGAAAUACAUCCUGGAAGUUGAUCCUGAUGAAGAUAUCCGGGAAAAUGUCAUUAUUUACGAUGAUGAAGGCGCAGGUGAGGAGGACAAAGAGGCGUAUGACCUGUCCAAGAUUCAACUGCCCACAAUGGAGCCAGACUGUACUCCCAUCAGUCGAACACUUUUUCUUGGAAAUGCACCUGGAGAGAAGCCUGACGUGGGUAACUUUAUUGAUGACCGCAUGAAAGAUGCUGACUUGGAUGACAAUGCCCCUCCCUAUGACAGCGUCAGAGAGUUCAGCUUUGAGGGAGGGGGCAGCGACGCGGGGAGCCUGAGCUCUCUUGAGACCAGCAGCAGUGAGAGGAACCAUGAGUACGAUUACCUCAAUGACUGGGGUCCCAAAUUUGCCAAGCUGGCUGACAUGUAUGUGGCAGGAAUGGAGGGGGAGUAGAGUACACCCACUAGCCUGAGCCAAUGAUAUUAAACAGUAGCACCACACCAUCUCAAACCUUUAUGAGGGUCAAAACAAUUUUUUUUAACCUGCUGGAUUCAACACAAGACUCUGGGAAAUAGCAGCAUCACUAUGGUAACUCAAGGUUGUUUACUGAGCUGUGUGGUGUUAUGAAUAUACACAUGUUGACAGUAUUAGACACCUCUAGUCCAUGUUUCAAAGUUCUAGUUUAUACUCAACCAUGUUCUCAAACAUUUUUAUUAGAAUGAUCUAUCAGUGUAAGCAAGUGGCCUCCCUUGGUUGAAUGGGUUAGUGUCAGCUUUCAAAUAUGCAAUCAAAAUUUGUAUUUGCUGGGCAAAGACUGGUGUCAAUUUGUUGUAAACCUGGUUUGUCUAUUCUUUGGUUUGUAAUGAAAAAACUCCCAUGCUUGAUGGCUACACAAGAUGUAUGAUGGCUACACAAGAUGUAUGGUUUUAUUUGUAGCAGCAAUUGUAUCAAGUCUGCAGUCGUGUCAUUACUUGUUUUCUGUUCUUAACUCAUUUUGCCCUCCACUGGGUGCUUGACCAGGUGCCAGCAUUUGCCCUGUCACCAUUUGCAUCCAAAUGUAUUUAUUGUAUCCAAAUGUUUAUCCAUUGUCAAAUCCAUGUUACAUGCUACAUAAUUAUUACACCAAGGUAGUUAGGCCUCUCUGUAUUGCCUGGAUGUGUGUGGCUGACAAGCAAUGAAACUUUCUAGAACAAAUUCAGGUAUUUCCAGCACACUGAGGUCUAGGUGUGAUUGCUCUAAGGCUCUCAGUGGCUGAUAAAUGGCUGAAACAGCCAAACUAUGUAGGUUGCACUCAUGUUGUGGUUUUGAGUUUUGUCAUUUUUCUUUGUUAGAAUUUUUUCUUUGUUAGAAUUUUUUCUUUGUUAGACAUUGAUGAUGAAACCAGAAGUUGGCUGCAGUGACUCAAGUGAAAAUCUUGAAUGUCUUCCAUCCAUGUUCUGGCUGUGUUGUUACAGGAGGAUUGUAGAUUUUUUUCUUGUCAAUUUCUUGUCUUGAAUGCUUUUCGUGGAUAUCAAUAUGGAGAAUGUUACAUAUUUUUUGUAGAAACUAUCUAUUCACCUUUUGUGUUGCAUUUUAAUAUUUAUUUAUCUCUCACAUUACUGUACAAUUUAUUUUUUACAAAGCUUUAAUGAAUGUACAUGACCCUAUCUUAACACAAUGGGAUAGAAGCCUUAUAUUUAUUUAAUGAAAACAACCUCUCUCCUGCAUUUUAAAUUGGCAGAUAAAAAUUUAAACUUUAGCAUUCCAAAUCUCCAACUUGUAGGAAGGUAUCAAAUAUCAGUUGUACCUCAUGAUUUUGUUUUGAACAAAUAGUUACUUGCUACUGUAAAUAAUCACUUGCUAGAGUUUAAACUUUGCUAAAAACAAUCAAAUUAAUUAACCAUCCAAGUGCUUUAAAUCAUCAGUCAUUAGCUAACAUUUCUACUGCAUUGAAUGUAGGACUCACAUAUUAUAGAUUUAUUAAAGGCAGCCCAUUGGCUAAUGUAGUUGUCCAUUAUCUUUAUGCACCAAUCUCUAUGGACCAAUUGACCUCACUGAAAUCCCCAACUUAGACUAUCAUUCAAUGACCAAAUCUUUACAUAUCAUUCUGUUUGCUUGUUCAGAAUCAAAGAGGGAUAAUUUAGCAAAAAGUGUAGUGCACCAAGAAUGUGUUGGUUAUUAAAAUAUUGGGCUCCACAGUUCAAAAAGGUUUCUGCACUUAGAUUAGCGGCAACUGAAGUUUCUGACCAAAGUGAUCAAAUGUGUUUAACUAACAAAAUUGUCAAUUAUUAAAAUAUUCACUCCAGACUUUGUCACUACCAGUUUCUAUUCAUCCCAUAAUUUAAUUAUUGAAAGUGUUAUUUAUUUUUAUCUUUGCUGGACACUGUAUUUAAAAGAAAUAAUUUAUAAAAUGGUUGUGACUUGUGCAGUUAGCUUGUAAGUAUGGAAGCUAACCAUGGUGUGAUCUAACAUUUCUAUCAUUACAUUACGGCAGUUUUAAUGUUUGUAGUCUUCUGGCUUAACCUUUAAACAUGUACAACUGUAAUUGAACUGAUUAUUAAACUAAUACAUUUUUAUAUCAAUA